AUGGGCAAAGCCACCGCCGCAGCCUCCAAAAGGCAGAAAAGGGUCUCCAUCGCGGGUACCCCGGUCUUCAAGCCGCCCGUCAAGACGCCUGUCAAGAACCCCGAGGCUCCGGCCAAAUCCGCCCUCAAGAAGACGGUCACGACGCCCGAGGAAGCUGAAACGCCUACCAAAACCGAGCCGGAGGAAGACGGCGGCGCGUGCGAGCCAAGUUUGGGGCUCACCAUGAUCUGGGCCUUCGUCGCAGCUUACAACGGCCUCCCAGCCCAUUGGGACGUCAAAGUAAUGCAGACAGGAGGCGAAGCAUGCAAUAAGGUCCUCGACUCCCUCGGCAAGAUCAAGUUGACGUCAAGCGGCAAAAUGCCGGCACACAUCCAGAUGCCCUACAUCCCCGAGCCGAGCAUCCGGGCAGCCAUGAUCAUAAUGAAAAACUGGUCAGUCGAGGGCACCCGCAAGAGCAAGGGCAAAGCUUUUGAAAUCGACGACGUUCUUCCCAGCUCUUGGAAGAAUAGCAACAUCUUCAAGUCCUUCCAGUUCACAGACUACAUCAUGGGCCGCAAACCGGCGGAGGGCUCGAAAUUGAGCAAAAUCCCCUUCCACGAGGCUCAUUGGCGCAAGUCUCAUAUGAUCCCUCCGCAGAAUCUUUGCACGGCGAUCAAGAUCCCCGUGUUGAAGAGGUCGCUCGACCUGGGCGAGUGUCAGCGCGUUGACGUUGACGGUAGGCUUGGAUGCGAGGCGCGGGCCUGA